AUUCUUUUUCUCAUGAUUGUUUUGCAAUGUUUUGAUUUUGUGAAGCGUUAGUAGAAUAGCAAGUUACGUGCAGAAUUAUAUUUGUCUUCCGUAAGACACAAGUACAUGUUUAAAAAUUAUGAACAAAUCACGUUUAACUGUUUAUUAAAGCGCGUUUCAAAAAUUUUCAAUACCUUUUAAUCCAUAAAUUUGUUAUACAAAUGAUUGCGAGAGAGAGAAGCUGUUUCCUCAAUAAUUAUUGCUAAAAUAUAAUUAUUAAUUUCUGUCAUUAUUAAGACUUUUACUAUGUCAAGCAAUAUUUUUCGUAGUUUUUCAAAAAUAUUAAUCAUUUUCAAGAGAUAAACCACAUUCUCCAGUGUAAUUUUUUUCAGCUGUUUUUAUUUAUUAAAUCUGACUCUUGUAUUCGUAUUUGAAGGUAUUUGCUGCUAGAUAAUUUUAUCCUCGUGAAUCAUUUUUUCCAAUUAUACAUGAUGGAACAGUAAAUAAAUUACGCAAGUCCUGUUUUAAACGUUGUUGCAUAAUAUCCUUAUGAUUAACUUUCAUUAUUUGAUAUAUCUUCGUCACAUAAGUACAUUUUAAAUUAGUUAAAGUCAAUUUCAACUUUAGGAUAUAUAAUAAAAUUUGUUUAGUUAUGUCAUAAAGUUGAUUUCACAUAGUGGUGAAUAUUUUAAUUGUCAUUAAUUUUUCUCUAUGCUUUUUAUUUCAUGGUAGAUACAGCAAGGGUACACAGUCAAAUGAACUUAAAAAAUAAAUAAAAUGCUGUAAUUUAAAAAUAUUGUCUCAUGUAUAUGUCAUAUAAAAGUAUUCUUCCAUUUUUAUUGGCUUUUUUUCAUCCUUUUUUGUGAUGUAUUUCUGAAUAGCAGCAGUUUUGACCAACUGUUCCAGAGAAAAUUGAUUGUAUUUGUCAAUAAAUAAUUGUCGAAAUUCUGUCUUUGUAUAAUAUGAAGGAUUGAAAAAGCUUGAUAAAUUUCAAGAGAGAAAAAUCCUUUGCUGUUUACCUUUAUUCUGUCUGAUCGUUUUACUGUUUUCUUGAAAUAAAUGAAGUUGCUUCAUGAAUGAAGCUUCUUGAAAUGUAUUAAUCAUUGUAAUGUCAUGCAAAGAAGCAGUUUGCAAGGUGAAAACUUAAAGCUUGUUAAUGCUGAGAGGGCUGCAGCCAUCGGCGUGCCCGAAGGGAAACAUGAAGAACAACAAGCCCUUGAGCGGGAAACCGACUGGAAAUAUCACAGCCUCAAAAAACCCCCUUCAAGGUAUUCUGAGCACCCCUCGUGGAAAUAAGAUUGUGAAUGACAGAUCAUCAACCGUGAGUACUAAUCUCAAAAAGACAUCUACAUUAUCGAAACCCAACACGAACUGCGCAUCAAGCAGUCAAGAAAGUCUUUCUGGUACUGGGACUAGUGUCAGAAGAAAAAUAUCUGCUCCUGCGAAAGUGCCAGCUGCAGUUAAACUUGGUGUGAAAAAUGAUACUGCUCCGAUUCGUUUGAUCAACAAUUUACAAAUAGCAUCUCCCCAUUUAUCUUCUAGAAAAACUACUUUCAAACGUAGUAACAUGAGAAGAGCAGUGAGCAAAGAUAGUGUAGAUUUGGCGACGAAAGACCGGGAGAAGGAAAAUGUGAAAAUUGCUUUGGGCAGAAAUAAAAAUAGUAAUAAUUGCAUAACAAUUUUGCAGAUGGAAAAAGAGAAAGCCCAGAUGGAGCAGCAAAUAUCAGAGCUUGUUAAAAAUGCUGAAAGUAAAAAAGCUGAAAUUGCAACUUUAAAAAUGGAAAUUAGCAAACUCAAGGAUUUGAAGAGUGAUGAUGCAGUUGAUCAACUGCGACAAGAACUUGAAGCUGUGCAGUCAGAAAACCAGACUCUUAAGGAGCGACUUCUGCAGCUUGGUGUGUCCCUUGAAAUGACUGCUCUUUCCGAUAAUCAGAAAGAACAAAUUUUAAUACAGAGAUCUUUAUCAGGAUCAUUCCUAAAUCUAGAUAAAAGCCAAAAUAAUUCAACUGAUGGUCCAAAGUCUCUCGAUAUGGAUGUCGGUGAAGCAUCUGGCGUUAACCUUUUGCCCUCAGGGCGCAGUCUUCCAGAAUGGGAAAGAGGAAGCAGUAGUAGUUUGAGUGAGAUGUCGGUUGCUUGCUUAUUGCAAGAUAGAAUCAUGCAGAUGGAAGAAACACAUCACAGCACUAAUGAAGAACUUCAAGCAACUCUUCAAGAACUGACUGAUUUGCAAGACCAAUUGGCAGAUUUACAACUUGAAAAUGAACGAAUGUCAGAAGAAAAAGCUGUAUUACUAGAAUCCCUCUGCUCACAAACAGAAAAACUGGAAGAAUGUCGAACGCAGAUAACACAGUUGAAACAGCUGCUGUUUCAAGAACAUAAUCAAGAUGGGCAAUCUUUAUCUCCAUCUGAGAGAGAAUGUACUUUGGUUGACUUAUUGAAAAAAGCUCAAGAAGCUCAUGAUGUUCUUCUAAUGAAGCAAGAACAGUUAUCUUCUGCUUUACAAGCAGCUAAAAAUGAUUCUUCUGGACCUCAGACAGAUUUGCUGCUUUUGAGGGAUAGAGUGAAGCUGCUAGAGUCGACCGUUGAAAGUGUAAAUGCGGACAAACGCAUGUUGGAAGCACAGUUGACUGAUUGUCAAGAACAGCUCUCUGCUAGUCAGAUUGAAGUUUCACAGUUGAAAUUACAGCUUGAAAAUGAACAACAAAAGGUAUUAGAACUCCAAAGAGAGCGUGAAGCUGGAGCAACUUCUGAACUCAAUACAUUGCUGCAAGAAACUCGAAAAGAUAAAGAGAAAGUUGAGGAGAGAGCAGUACAUUUACAAGAGCAGUUAGCUCAUAGUCAACGAGAAGUUGCUCGUUUGAAAGAUCAACUUCAUCAGCUGCAAGAGGAAAACAUGGUAAGAGUCCGAUUUUAUAAUAACUAUUUUACAAUUCAUGCAAAAAAAAGUUUAUGAAAUUUUGCCUUCAAAACAUAAAAAAAUAAAAGUGAGGCAUGAAAUACAUAAAAAAAAAAAUAAAUAAAAAAAAAAUAAAAAAAAAUAAGUAUUUAAAAAAUAUAAAAAUCUGAAAGGGUUCAGUUUCUAACAGUAGCAUAACAAAGCUGUUUUAAAGUUCAAAUGGUUUAUCAACAGAAAUUAUAGUAAU